AUGAAGAACACACUAGAGGUUCUCCCCACGACGGCGCGGCGGGCGAGGACGAUGAUAGAUAAAACAUCACGGGAGCAGCAGCAGCUGGAGCCCGGAGGACAAGCCGGGGCCGACGUCGAAACCGAGACCUACUACUUCCUCCCGGAAGAUUUCGUCGACCAGGGUACCCUGUCAAACGUGUGCUGUAGUCACAGCUCGGCCCAGGGAAAGAUAUGGGCUUCCUGUCUCGUCUGCUAUGCGUUCUCCACGAUACUCAGUCGCUACACCUUCAACCUGUACCCGCUGUGGUGUCCGGGGAACGGAGCCGACACGAACGAUCUUGCCAAUUCCCAGACCGGUUUGAUUGAGGCCGGUUCUCUGGAGGAGGUGGCGGCCCGGAUGGUUUGGUUACUGGUUCCGAACAUCCUCUUCAUCUUGGUCGCGGCGAUUCCUACGGUCGGGUCCGGACAACAGCAGGACGUCACACACUCCCACACGUCGCAGGGCGAUCGCGAUCCGCACCAAAGCGCCACCAGUACGCGCAGCGCCCCCAUUACCAGUGCCCAAGAAGCCUUCUGGGUGCGAAAUCAAUGGUGGCUAAAGUCCAUCCACGGCGGAUUGGCGGGAAUAUCAAUCGGUGUGCUUCUUUUCUCUAUUAACUGCAAAUAUGUCUGGGUCUGGAAGGAUCCGAACUUGUGAUGCCUGUUGUUGCGGAUCACACAAAGAUCGUUGAUGCAUGACUCUCAAAAGGUGCCUACCCCUACUUCGGGCCAUGCUGAGAGGGCCUUCUUCAUGCAUAAUAGGCAUCACCAAGGGGCUGCAGAACCUGUGAUGCUUUCCGACUUGGGGGAGCUUGGACGAAAAGCUGCAUGACGAAUUGUGUCCCGGGGCCUUGUGCUCCGGCUACUCCGGAUCGCAAUCGAUAGAGGGCGGGACGUGCACCGGCGACAGGCGCUACCCAAUCAACCAACCAAAUCGAGAAAUCUUCCAGACCCAGACAUGUUUGCAGUUGAUAGUCUCUGAGACUCUGCAACUUUUCGUCGGCGAGGGCGUCAACAUCUAUUGUGAUGAAAAAUCCGCCCCUCCCAUGUUGAAAGCGCAUCCUUCCGAAAAUUUGUGAUGCAGAUUCGUGACCACAAAUCCGCUUUGUCAUGCAAGAAGGCAAAGGCAGAGAGUUCGCCGCGUCAUGCAGGCGGUUUGUAACGCUGCAAGUCGUCCUGCAGGACAGACGGCUGCCAUGCUAGGUGCCUACACCAAGAGGCCCCCGCCUAGGCUUAGGAUCUGCGUGCAGUCCUCUACCGCAAGACAUGCACACAAGUGCCGCAGCACAGGUUUCCACUUUGAUAAAGAUAUGGGGAGGGGAGAUUUUUGAUUUUGAUAACGCCGGCAAUUUAUUCAGGAAACCGGGCGGCGCGGUAGACGACUAUUUUUCGAACCGUCGGCUUGACCGACGGCUCUCGACGAAACUGUUCGCAACUCCAUUUUCGGAAUGUCACGGCGUGUACCCGCAGGAGACAUCACAUCCCAGCAUUUAUCGUUUCAGGGUGGGGACCGUUCUGCUCGCAUUCGUCAGCGGCUUCGGCUGCGCCUUUUUUUCUCUUUUGCUAACGGUAUCGAAGAAAACAAGAAGAGGUGACGGCCGCGAGUCUUCGGCGAGGAUUGUGCGGGUUGCGGGAGGGACGCUGGUACCUACAGACACGAGUCUCCUGCUGCCACGCCUUUUGUACUCCUUCGAGGUGGUUGUGAUGCUGCUCGUGUGGAGCCUCCCCUUCUUUCCUGCGAUGCUCGCUUGGCACCGCCCCUUGGGCGAUCUUCGUGCAAUAAACCACGACAUGAAGUCGCAGGUUAGGGAUGUAUACUACUUCCAUUCGGCAGCGCUCCCGCAGUGCGGAACGUAUUUCGACCUUGCUGCUCCAAAUGCGUGCAGCAACCCGGCGCAACGAGUCGCGUUGAUGUACGACGACGUGGAUGUCGCGAAAUGGAUGUGGUGGGAUGCGGAAGCGAGCGGCGACGUUGCCAUCGUGGAUGCAAGAAGACCAGCUACACCGCCGUUUGAGAACUAUGCGGCCUAUUUGGAGAACUGGGUAUCGUGGUACUGGCAUUUGGAUAUCGAUUACGAUUUUCAAGCGAAGAAGCUCGAGGACCAAUCGGAGUAGACAGCCGAACUAUCGGUCCGCGACGUCGACACCGGGGGAGGGGGACGACAUUCUGGUUGUACUUCCGUUCCGACAGAACCACACGGCCUAUUUUUUUCUGCAGGGGAUGGUGGAUUUUACUGCUGCACCAGAUGCAAAUGGAGAAACACAAUCAACCACAUUACAACCAGCAGGCUUGUAACAAGAGUGAGAAGAAGAGCGAACACUACUGAUGGUGAUGUUUUUGGAGUCAGCGAUCUUCUGCGAAAAACAGCGAAGGAGCAAAAGAGAAAGAAACUCAGUGAACUUUUUCUGCGAAACAAAAAACAUGCAUCCCGUGGCGCAUCCAAUCGAUCCCUGUGAACUCAUGAAGAUGCAGGCGAU